GCGUUCGAUCGUUUAUGUGCAUCUCUCCGACCUUUAAAUCCUAAACAAAUUUCCGCAAUCCUCGUCGAGUCAAAACAAAACGUCGUCGUCGCUAUUGAUGUUACUGCUUCCCCUGCUUGCGGUGCCGUCUUGAGUGUUUUGUCGCUAAAUCGAUUUCGGGCUUUAAAUGUGGAAUAUCGACACUGAGCUUAUACAUUUGAUUUGGUUUAGUUUUACUGUGUUCUUUAUAUAGUGCCUUACUCUCUUUAAUAACAUACAUUUGUUUUUGAUUUUUUGUCAUCAUUCGUAAAAUGCUAACCUAAAUAAUCAAAUGCGCGAAAAUUAAUAAGCCUGCAAAUCAUUUGUAAUGCUUACAAAAGUUUUAAAAAAUUGUUAAGCCAACCUGCAACGUAAAAAGAGGACUAACAAAAUCCAGUACAAACUGAAACAGUUGGGCAUCUAAAGAAGCCAAAUCUAAAAAUAAAUUUGUUCAACUUUUAAUACAUUAGCAAACGAUAAAAAAAAGUGCUGGAUAUCCAACAACUCACAACUCACGUUCAUUUGCUGUUUUUUUUUUUUUUACUUUAUAAAACUAAAAAUAAAGUGUACAAUUGGUAACACAAAAAUCCGAUCAACUGCACCGUUGAGUUGCAUCGCUGCAACAGAACGCUAAAGGGAUAACAAAAGCAUCUGUAAAUUUGCAACAUUCGCAGAAGAUAACCCGAGCUCCUAAAGACAAAUCAAAGUCAAUUCCUUUUUCUUUUAGCUACGCGCACAAAAACUAAACAAGAACUUGUACAAUAGAAUGGUAGAAGGUGAUUCUGCAAAAAGUAAAAGCGAUUCCUAUAAUGUAGAAGCUGGCCUACAACCAAACUACAAUCAGAGCAACUCACCAAGCAACCCAAACAACUUAUCGCCAACGCACAUUGACAAUCGCGCUAUCAUUCAACCGUAUUCGCUUGGCAGUGGCGCCAAGCAGCCUGAAUAUCAGUUUGCGGCAGUCAACAAGGCCUACGAGGCGGACCUGAGCAGCAACUACGCCAACAAUGGCAAGCACGACGUAGAGCGUGGCGGCGCUGCUGGUGACGGCAGCUCCGAUGAGGACGGAAAGGGUCGUGGUCGAGGGGGAUCGGCGCCCCCACCACGCAUCCCGAUAGUCGCCAACUUCGAGCGCGCUAUCGAACUGUGCGGAUAUGGCAAGUUCCAUUACAUCUUGCUGGCCAUUUGUGGCUUGGUCAGCACUUCGGAGGAGAUGGACGUUAUCUCCAUGUCGUUUAUCCUGCCAUCAGCCGAAUGUGAUCUGGAUCUAAAUACGGAAACCAAAGGCUGGCUCAAUUCAAUCAUUUUUAUUGGCAUGAUGGUGGGCGCGUACUUUUGGGGCAGCAUAGCCGACAGUUUUGGGCGCAAGAAGGUGUUGAUUGUCAUCUCUUUCAUGAAUGGGUUCUGCAUUGUGGCAUCGUCGUUUUCGCAAACUUACUUAUGGUUCAUGCUGUUUCGUUUUCUCAAUGGCGCAGCGCUGGGAGGCAGUGGUCCUGUCAUCUGGUCGUACUUCGCUGAAUUCCAACCGAAAGCGAAACGAGGCUCUAUGUUGAGUUUCAUGGCUGCCUUCUGGACAUUUGGUAAUCUAUUCGUGGCCGGCCUGGCAUGGUUGAUCAUUCCAACGUACAUCGGUUUCAAAACAACGUACUUCAUCUAUAACUCAUGGCGCAUCUUCCUGCUGGUCUGCUCACUGCCGUCGUUCUUAGUCGGCUUUCUGCUGUUCUAUCUCCCAGAAUCGCCAAAGUUUUUGCUCACGCGCGGCAAAAAAGAACGUGCGAUGGCUAUUUUUCGCGGCAUUUUUGUGACGAACACUAAACGCCCGCCCGAGGAGUACAUGGUGAACGACUUGGAGGUCGACGAGAAGAUCAUCUCGGAAGGCACUACCUCGAUAAAGAACAAGUACAGUCGUAUGGUAUCAGGCAUGGUGGAGCAUAGUCGCGCUCUCUUUAUGUCGCCCAUACUCAAAUUCACACUUGUCUCGAUUACCAUUAACUUUACAUUCCACAUUGGAUACUACGGCCUCUUGAUGUGGUUUCCGGAGCUGUUCAAUCGGUUCGAAGAGUUUGAGCACGCUUAUCCAAACGAGUCGGCCGGUGUUUGUGCGGUCACAGCAUAUGUGGUGGGAAAAGACGUAGCAGUCAACGCCACCUGUUCGUCCGACAUACCGCCAUCCGUAUUUUUGGAGUCGCUUAUCUCACUAGCUUCAGCCCUACCUGCCAAUCUCAUUGCCAUCUUGGGAAUGGAUCUGUUGGGCCGCAAGUUCUUCCUGAUUGCAGGCACAAUGACUGCCGGUAUUUGCUCGGCCCUGAUGUACAUUGUACGAAGUUCCGUACAAAAUCUGAUCGUAUCGGCUGUUUUCAGCGGCGCAAUCUCAGCGGCGAAUGCGGCACUCGACUGUCUCAUCACCGAAGUAUUUCCAACCAAUCUGCGUGCCACCGGCGUGGCCAUCUCAAUGGUGGCGGCUCGUCUCGGUGGAAUCAUCGGUAACAUUGUGAUCGCCCAACUGCUGGAUAAGUAUUGCCCGGCGCCUACCUUUAUUGUUUCGGCGCUGCUCGUGGGUGGCGGUCUGAUGUGUCUGAUGCUGCCGAACACGACGCGAAAGGAACUAAAUUAAUGCAGCACACUCACAAACACAUACAGACGUACACACAAGCCAACAUAAACGUCCACCUCCACACACCAACUCCCACUGUAACACGAAAAAUACCGGAAGCAAUACCAAAACAUUACCAAUAAAAUGUAAUAACAGCAGCAGUUACAUUAAUACAUACAUACACAUACGUAUACAUAUAAAUACAUACUUCAUAUACAUAAUUA